AUGAGGACAUUAACUUCAGCCAGUGGCCUUGAGGAAGCUGUGAUUGUGAGGAGAACUGAAUCAGCUGAUGCUCAGGGGAUCGACAGCCUCAUCAGCCCCCAAACAGUGGAGAUUUUUGGAAAAGUCAAUAUAAUUCAUCUCCUAGAGAAAGCCAAUCUGGCUGUGACCCUGGCCAAUGAGAAUGAAGACAUCGUGGCUCACGCUUCCUUCUUUGAUCACCCUGUGGGGGGUCUGGUGGAUCAGACUCUCUGGGAACAGUUCCUGCAGAAACACUUUAAGGCUGAAAAAUGCUCGCCUUGGAACACACUCUUCCUGCACCUUUUUGUGGCACGGACGGACUUUGAGACAGCAAGCUUAAAGGAAAUAAUGAGGGCCAUCUUUGACGUGGUCUCAGAGCUGGAUUUCGUCUGCCUGGUCAGCCCACACGUUGGUGAUUUAGAUCCAGCUCUGGAUGAGGUGUUUGAGCCUCUGCAGCGUCUGACCAACCCCGGCCCUUGGUGCUCCGCCUUAAUCUGUCGCAGGAAGGAUCACUGCCCCAGAAUGCAGAUCCGCCCAACCAGGGUCGAAGACCACGACGACCUCCUGCCUUUAUUCUCAGAGCGGACCAAAGCUCGGUUUGAGCGUCCCUACUUCCUGUGUGAGCUGAUAGAGGGACAGGAUGAGGAGAAUCCCACGGCUGUGUGUGAGAGAGACGGAGUCUCCGCUGGCUUCAUCAGCUGCUCCUCACAUGUGGAUUUCAAACGUCUGAACCACAACUUUGAUUUAAGAGAGUUUCAUGGUUUAUACAAAACACAACAAAUAAAAGAUGAAGCUGCACAACCAGGACUGAGGCAUCGGAUUCACAGCAGAUCAGUGGACUUUAUUCCAUACAUAUUCAGCCUUUUCCCUGAUCUGGACUUCUGCAUCAUCACCAUACCGACGGCGUCCCCAGAGUUCCCGUUACUGCAGAGCUUCUACAAGGUUCCCCGCCGUGUAACCUGCUCUCUGCAAGAUGAGCUCUACAUCCUCCACCGCGACGCACUCAGGAAUGUGGAGGUGAGACCGGCUGUGUCUGCAGACCGCCCGGCUGUCUCUGAUCUAGUGAAGGAUCUCAGACUGAGCGAGUCCCUGCUGCAGGACCUGGACUGCUUCUAUAACACCAGGAGAGACCGGGAUGGCGCGGCGCUGCAGGCCUUUGUGGCUCAGGUGGACAGAGAGGUUGUGGGGAUUCUGAUCAUCAGAGAUGAGCAGGACAUCGAGUACAUCCGAGCCCGCUACAACAUCGAGAACUUCGUCUACUUCAGCCACCACCGCUACGAGGAGCACGCUCAGAUACGACACUUUGUCCUCAAACCCUCCUUCCAGCAUUUCUCCAAACACCUCUUCAAGGAGGUCCUCAGGCUGGCCCACAGAUCCUGUCUCUACCUCAGAAUCUACCCCUCGGACCACAGCCAGGAGAAUUCCUGCGUCCACCAUCUGGACUCGGUCCUCAACUGUGCCGUCCCAGUCUGCCCCCGACGCCAGAUCAUCUACCCGCUGGAGGAGCUUGGCAUCAACGCCCCUUCCAGGCAGAUCACGGAGGACCAGACGGCGUUUGCUCUCAGACUCAUCAGCAGGAAGUUAACCAUGGAGCCAAAGGUCAGCGUUAAUGCUCGGAUGGUGGUGGUGGGGGCGUCAGACACAGGUUUAUCUCUUCUGGAGGUGCUUUGUAGCUGCCCUCACCUCAAGUUCAACAACCUGACCCUCGUCUCCACACAUGGUUUCCUGAGAGACUGUGACCACGACCACAUUGGAUUUCUGUCUACAAGUUAUGCAUACAGCACCAGAGACCUGGCCCAGCUGCCUUUUCAGUCCUGUAUCACUGUGGUGACUGGGAAGAUGGUGGGCAUCAACAGGAAGUCCAAAUACAUCCGUGUUUCUGAUGGUAGGAAGGUGGCCUACGAUUACCUCAUCCUCUGUACAGGUCUGCAGUACCAGGUGCCUUGUCCUACCUGUGUAGAUCCGAGUCAGCAGAACCAGACCUCUUCCUGCAGAUGCCCCGUCCCCUCUAACCUCUUCACCCUCAAUGACCUGUAUGACUGCAGGGCUGCUCGCCGCUGGCUCUGUGCCAGCUUUGUGGAGCUGGAGGAGAACGCCAUCGUCUAUGGAAACAGCAUCGACGUGUUCACCGCCACAGAGACUCUGCUCAGCCUCGGCAUUCAGGGUCAUCGCAUCCAUCUUGUGCUCCAACCUCCCGACCCCGGGGUCUCCCUUUUUGGGGAACCUCAGGUUAAGAAGGCCGUGUACGCGGCCUUGGGGAGGGCCAAGGUCCAGGUCCACCAUGACUGCAUGCUGACUCAGAUGGACGACAGAGUCCGUCCUGAGGGUCUCACAUCGGUGUCGUUCUCCACAGACUCGGAGCCUCUCCAUCUGCAGUGUGGAGUGUUCAUAAAUCUCUCCAACAAAGGAGUCGACUACGACGCCUUCAGAAGCAUCAGUGACUCCUUCCUGGUCUUUGACAGCAGACUCGUCAUCAACGCCGCUUUCCAGACCAGCGAUUCGGCCAUUUUUGGUGCCGGACCUCUCACUAAAUUCUCCCGCUGCUACUAUGCAGACGAGUGGUCGCACGCCAACUUUAGCUCAAAGGAGGUGGGCCAGGAACUCGCAGCCACGCUGCUGCGUCUCUUUGACCCGACGCUGGAGUCUGCAGACCAGCCUGAGCUGGAGGAGGACCGUCUAGUACCCAUUUACAACCAGGCAAAGAUCCAAGGUGGGAGGCUACCUGGAGGUUAUAACUACCUGAAUUUCACCAAACCGUCUCCUACGAUCCAGCCGAGUUCUUCUGUUAAACAGUUACAGGACAAAGGCAUCGCCACCGGGCGAGCAGAGACAGGAAACUUCUUCUGUUUACGCCUGGACUGCUACGAGCUGGUGGAGACGCUCACCUGUUUGUCCCUGAAGCCCCUCCCGGUCUCAAAUUACCUGUGUCUGUACGGGAAACACCAGCAGCUGCUGGGCCAGCUGUCCACCGUCUACUACAGAGGUCUGAUCCCUGACCUGUACAGUUUCUUCAGACAGAGCUGGUGUCUGGCCGUUUAUCACGACAGAUUCUCCGACUUCGAGCGGGAGCUUCAGCAGAUCACCUCAGCUAAAGACGAGGACCAGCUGACGGACGAAGACGACGACGUAAACGUCUCACCUGAGGACAGAAUCAAAGACCCUGAGACUCGAGCAGCUCUGAGGAGCAGCGCUGUGAAAUAUCUGACGUACAACCGGAACCUGCUGCCCAUGUUCGCCUACCCAGGGCAGCUGUGA